AUGAGAUUGACUAUUGGUGCUGAUAAAUCUAGAUUGGAGGAGACGCACAAAUUUGCCAAAUGGCUUCUCGAUGUUGGUGAGGGUAAAGUAGGAGGCGACAAUGAUGGUGUGGCAACUGUACAAAUACCUUCUGAUCUUCUAAUCACAGAUUGUUUGGAUCCCAUUGAAAGCUUGAUUCAAUUUGUAUAUCCAUCCGUUUUACAAAGAUAUAUGGAUCGAGAUUAUUUUUCAGAAAGGGCCAUUCUUACACCAAAAAAUGAGGUCGUACAUGAAAUAAAUGAUCGAUUGUUAGAGUUGUUUCCUGGUGAACCAACAGAGUACCUAAGCUCUGAUAGUAUAUGUCAAACCGAACAAGUUAAUGAUUCCUUCCAGCAAGAGUUGUAUUCACCUGAUGUUCUGAAUGGCUUAAAGAUAUCUGGUUUACCAAAUCAUCGUCUGGUUUUGAAAGUCGGUGUUCCAAUUAUGCUUCUUAGGAACAUUGACCAACAAAAUGGAUUAUGUAAUGGUACAAGGUUGCAGGUUACAUUUCUUGGAAAGCAGGUUAUGGAAGCUGAAAUUAUAUCAGGUGCUAAUGUUGGAACUAGAACGUUCAUUCCAAGAAUUACCAUGAUACCGUCGGACAAAAAAAAUACCCUUUGCUUUUCAACGACGACAGUUUCCUGUUGCUGUGUGUUUCGCUAUGACAAUCAAUAA